AUGUGAUAUCUGAAAGUGUUUAAUUUAGAAUGUUGGAGAUUUUAAAGUCAAUGAAACAUAACAUACAUACAUAUAUAUGUGUAAUAUUUUUAAUAUAUAUUAUUAACACUUUUAUUUUAAAGCUUUACAAAGUUACAUAUUGUUGCUUUAAUGUAUUUCCUCAUGAAUUCAGGUCAAAGGUCACCAAACGUCACAGAAUCACACUCGUAAUAAUAACCGUAGAGGAAAAUAACUCACCAGCUCCCGAUCCUCUGCAGAUCCACUUCCUGGUUUUAAAGAGGCAGCCAAUCAGGACUCUCUCUCUCUCUCUCUGUCUCACACACACACACACACACACCAGAGAGUCAGUGAACAGAGAGCGAGCUGCUCUUAUGGUUUGUUGUCAGUGACGAGCAGAGCAGGACACACACAGGGACAGACACACACAGUGAGACAGACACACACAGUGGGACACAGCUCGAGUGUUUUUGUCUCCGGGUCUCUGGACUUUGUUUCUGCAGGUUGUGGGUGUGUUUCCCCGGUGAUGACCUCACUGCUUCUCUCUGGACACGGCCUCACACUGAGAUGAAGGACCUCUCCUCCACCUCCUCUCCUCUCACCUCCCUGCUCCACUAUCCUUCCUCCAAAACCUCCGUGGCCCCGUUCUCUCCGUCCGCCGGCCCCGCCUCCUCGCCGGGCCCCUCGCUGUCGCCGUUGGCUCCGCUCUCCAAACCUCCGAGCUUCUGCCUGCAGACGGGGCCUCACCUCAUCGCCAGCAUGCAGCUGCAGAAGCUCAACUCUCACUACCAGAACCUGAGUGGAGGUUCUGCAGGACACCCGGCCGCCGCCGGAGCUCAGCGGGGCUUCGGAGCGCCGUCUCUGGGAACAGGAAACCAGCUCCUGGGGCCUCCUGGAGGCCUGGCUGGAGCCGGGAUGGGGGUCGGGAUCAGCAUGGGGAACCAGAACUCAGGCGCAGGUGGAACAAGCGACUUUGACCUCGUGGACGAGGAGGUUCUCAUGUCUCUGGUGGUGGAGCUGGGUUUGGACCGAGCCAACGAGCUGCCCGAGCUGUGGCUGGGUCAGAACGAGUUUGAUUUCAUGUCGGAUGUUCCGGCCGGAUGUUGACGUUGGAGGAGACGCAGUGGAUUAAGUCGUGGGAUUAGGAGAUUGAAGGCAUAAUCUCGCUCUGUGCGUAGACGACAGAGGCGUCAGCGAUGGAAAACGCCGCUCACUUUUGAAAGACAGUGGAGGUCAAACACUCACUCUCUGCUUCACUGGGAUUAAAUGUAGUUUUCCCUCGUUUCACUGCGACAUUUGAUGUUUCCUGUUUGUGGAGAGCAGAGAAACAGAAGCGUGAGCAGACACAGGGAGUGGUGGACGCAGACGUCUUACUGCCCCUGUCCUCUUUCCUCCAUCUGUCCCCGUCUGAUUGAUAGCAGGAGGUUUUGGCAGAGACGUUUGGACUCUGAAGGAGACGAUGAAGACAAUGAAGACGCACCUGCUGGACAGUCAGGGCUGCAGGGGGGACAAAGGAAAACGAGAGACAUGCCUGUAUGGGACACUCGUGUUUUCUUGUGCUUUCAAUGUUAGAGCGCGGUCUCACGGGACACUUGUGUCCACAAAGACGCUGGUUGUCUCCUUCUCUCUCUGUGCCUCUGUGUUUUGUUUGAGUGGAGUUGAAGCAGUCGAUUCACAGGACAUGUUAUUUAAGACAGCGGCUGAUAUCCAUCAGGGCCACAUGGACAAGGCCAGCUUCUGUCGCUCCUCUGUCAUCAGCUCCACUUUUUCUGAGAUCAAGAGACCAGGACUCUCUCUCUCUGAGACCCGAGACCCGAGACCUCGGGGCUUCCAGGUCCUCGUCGUCAAGAGAGUCACCGCGGCGCUCCGUGACCUGCAGCAAGUGUCGUCACAGACGGGCUCAUUCAUUCAUUCAUUCAUUCAUUCAUUCACGCCAUUUUCCUGUUCAGUCACAUUAACGUUGACGUUACGGCCGUUUGUUCAACUUAUCAGCUCAUGUCAUGGUGCUGAUAAGAAGCGCUGUGUGUGUUUUGUCAUCAUAGGCCUGGAAGUGUUUCAACACACACACACACACACGCACACACACACACACACACACACACCCAUAAAAACGUUACGACGGUUUGCAUAAGCAUGUGGUUUCCAGUCGUCUGUUAAACUGCCGACGACUUUAUUUAAAAAAAAAAUGAUAAUAAUAAUAAUAACAAGUGUCUUCAGGACAAAUCCUGGCUCAGGUGUCAAAGACCAGAGACCAGGAUCAGAAACCACUUCACAUUUUAUCCUUACUUUGUCUUCAUCCGUCACUGUUGAAAUCUUUGUGACUAAUA